CAUCUGUCAAAUGUGUCAAAGAAAAGUGACAUGCGGUUCGUAGAUUUCAGUAUGAACUAUUUUAUUUUUCAAAUUAUUUGUGUUUAAACAUUAAAAUUUCAUAUGUAAUGUCGUUAUUCGAUAACGCUGUUUUCAAUUCCACCCUUUACGAGGCUCUGUAUCUUCAAAUAGGGGAUACUUUGUCGUUCGCAAGGGAUUUCUUUGAUUCGUGCGUAUCAUCGUUGACGAUUGAAAGUAUUCCUAAAUCUAUCGUUAAUUUCACUGAACUAUCGUUCUACGACGAGCUAGCGGAGGUAUUUUACUUCAACGAGUUCCAAUUUCUGUUGUUAAAGACGUUUUUCCUGAUUCUAUUGUUUACAUUGUUAUUGAUUUUUAUUUCGUGGCGAGUGUACGGGAAUCGUAUCUCCGAAAGGUUCAUGAAACCAGCAACAUCAGCCACAAUAGAGCAACUGAAAGAAAGUGUGUCCAAACUAAAACUUCCUAAAGAGCACACUCCAAGAAUCUAAACAAGAUGGCCGAUCGAAUAAAGAAAUUCUUUCAAAAAAAGAAGGUUGAUGCCAAAUUCAAAAUGGCGGGGCCUGGCCAUAAAUUGAGCGAGUCUACAUUAAGUAGUCAGAGUUCUAAUGUGUCCAAGAAGGAUGCACCUGUAAAGAGGUCGGGAUUGUCGGAAGAAAGUAAGGUGGCUGCGGAAGCUGCUUUGCAGAGGUUGCAGUCGAAGAGGGAAAAUCCAUCUUUUAAUACUUCUUUGGCUGCUAUACAGGCACAAGUAAAGAAGGAGUUAGAAAACGAGCGAGCCAACGAGGCGGCUGCAGCGUCGGCUUCGAAAGCACCACCAUCAGAACAACCGAGACGGGAGACGGUUGAAGACUUGCCUAGGAACUAUGCAGCCAGUGGGGUUUAUUUCAAAUGUCCACUCAUAAGCAACGAUAUACUCCCCCGGGACGAAUGGAAGAAGAAUAUCAAAACGUUUCUGUAUGAGCAGCUUGAAGAAGAGAGGGGGCUUACCGCCUGUCUUAUCAUACAGUCCUGUAACAACAAUAGGGAAAAGAUUGACACGUGUGUAGAAACACUGUGCAAGUACUUAGAGAACAUUAUAACACAUCCCGAGGAUGAGAAGUUUCAGAAAAUUAGGAUGAGCAAUAGAGCAUUCACAGAGCGCGUACAACCUAUAGAAGGAUCAAUGGAGUUGCUGAUAGCGGCCGGCUUCGAACAACAGAGAGUGACCAACGCAGACGGAGUGGAGGAGGACUUCCUAGUAUUCCAGAAGGAAAAUGUGCCUACCGUUGAGAGUUUGGUGAAUCUAAUAGAAGCGCUUCGCACAGCAGAACCGAUACAAUUAGAAUUGGAUAGGAACCUGCAAGUGUUGCUGCCUUCACAAGCGGCUAAUAAGGUCCAACUGCCGCCCUCGUUCUAUGCGUUAUCCCCCGAGGAGAUUAAGAGGGAACAACAGUUAAGAACUGAAGCCAUAGAAAGGAGUCAGAUGCUUAGAACUAAGGCUAUGAGAGAGAAGGAUGAGAUCAGAGAGAUGCGCAAAUACAAGUUCGCUAUCAUCAGGGUACGCUUCCCCGAUGGGAUUCUGUUGCAGGGAACAUUCUCAGUGUACGAACGUUACACGGAGAUACACGAGUUCGUCCGAGAGAACCUCGAACACGACCUACCCUUCGUGCUCAACACUCCCACAGGUCAUAAGCUAAUACCCGACGAAGACGCAAAUAAGACCCUUAUUGACCUACGAAUCGUACCAGCCACAAUACUCACUUUCGCUUGGCACUCUUCUGUCGCCGAACAAAUACACAACAGCCCGAAUAAAGAUGUCUUUUUGAAGCCAGAAGUCAUGGUUUUGGUGCAAGAAGUGUAAGGUAUAUUGUUAUUGAUGAUCCAAGGCUUUGGGACAAAAUGGCCCCUUUGGUCGUCACAGAUUGGGUAACUAACGGAGAUCUCAAAUGUAUGAAUCGAAACAAACUUUAAAAAUGUGUAACUAUGAAAUUACUAACUUUUUAAUCUUUAUUAACUGCUGGGCCAUUUUGUACUAGAGCCUUUUUGUUGUAUGCAAAGAGUUUAAGUACCCCUAAUAAAACGACUGUUGACUUAUUGAUGUUUAAAACUUGUAGUUCUACGGCAGACUAUUUGGCUUAAAGUCAAUGUUGAGAGUAAUUAACAAAUGAAUUAUCGGUGUUACAAAAGUAGUUUUUUUUGUCUUUAUAAACAUAUUCGGUGCUCAAAAAGUAACUUUCUGGUCAAUUUACAAUCAUCAUUUCAUUUAGGCAAAUGUAUACAAUAUCUUAUUCUGCCAUGGUAUGUGCUUAGACAUAGGUGCUCUCUUUCAGUCAGAUACAUAAUUUAUUUUGGCAAUUUAUUCAAAUGGAUGGACAAAGCUUAUGGAAAUCGAACUAAAAUUACAAAUACCACUAACCUAUACAACCAAUGUGGGCCGUCGGAUUCUUGUCUAGCUAAUACUUCAUUUGUUAAUUACUCCAUGUCACAAGCCAUAGAACUAUGGAGUAGGUCCACUUCUGUAUGAAGCAUUAUAUCCUAGAUUCGAGUUAGUGAGAGUAUUGGUAAUGUACAUUGCAUUUGCAUCAUUAGUUCUAUAUGAUAACAUGCUGACUUUUGAGAAAAAAAUAAUUUGAAUGAUUAAAUUUUUUAAGCAACUACAUACUGCAAAAAUACAGAAAUACAGUUUUAGUACAUUAUUCUUUAAAAGUCAGUAUGUAUAUCAGAUUAUGUCGCACUAUAUCCAGACAUAUUCUUGAAAAAAGCCUGAUUCGAUGUGAAACUUGUGAUAAGCGAACUGAAAGUUGCAUAUUUAUGUAUGUGUAUGUAAUUGAAAAUUAUUUAAAUAAAUGUAUUGUAAAUUA